UCUUCUUUGCUUUUUUUUUUCAAGUGCAAUCUAAUCAACGGCAUCGACAGUGAUACAGAACCAAGGGACAAAACAAGUGAUGAAAAGGCCACACUCCUUAAUCUUCCUGAGAAGCGCUUUCUGCCGGACGAGCUCCUAGUUUUUCCAUCCGUUUCAGGUUAACACGACAGCAACGAUGGCCUGGAUACGGUCAGGUGAAAUCAGCUUGGGUCCUGGUGUUGUUGCCCUGGCCAGCCUCAUUCCUCUCAUCAUGUUAUUCCUCAACUGGAUUAUCAAGAGGAAAGGAAAGGCAGAUGCCAUCGCACAGCUUCCAGGCACUAUAAAGAUCUCAGCGUUUCGGUACUCCAGAAUAGUUGGCACCAGUGCUCCAGAGAACUUCCUCCUUCGAUCUGGAAUGAGCUACAUCUGGAGUUUUAAGGCUCCCAUAUAUCAAAUACAGAUAGGGUCAGCCAGCCGUGUACAUGCUAUUAAAGCCAGGGCUGCAGAGUUGAUAUUGAGUACUAACAAGAACAUAGACAAGGCUGAGGCCUAUAAAUUUCUCCAUCCAUGGCUUGGUACUGGCCUUCUAACAUCCACCGGGGAAAAAUGGCAAUCAAGGAGGAAACUCCUAACACCAGCAUUCCACUUCAAGAUCUUGGAGGAUUUCGUUGAUGUCUUCAACGGCCAAUGCAACACUCUGAUCAGGAAAUUAGGAGAAAAAGCGGAUGGGACUACAUUCGAUAUAUUCCCUUACAUCACUCGCUGUGCACUGGACAUAAUCUGCGAAACGGCAAUGGGUUGUAUAGUCUCCGCUCAGGAAGACACGGACUCUGAAUAUGUGAGAACGUUAACAAAGCUGGGGAGAUUGAUACGGGAAAGGGUAUCAAAGUUAUGGCUCUCCAUACCAUUUGUUUUCAAGCUACUCGGUUAUGCUAAAAAGCAAAAGGAGUACCUGGCCAUAGUGCACGGCUUUACUCAGAAAGCCAUCGUGGAAAGAAGAGCCUUCAGGGAGAAACAAAAGUCAUGUGAAUCCCAGAAGGAAAACAGCCCUGAUCCCAGCACUGAGCAAGAUGAGAUUGUGUUCAAAGGCAAGAAAAAGUUGCUGGCCUUCCUGGAUCUCCUUCUUGAAUACUCCAAUGAUGGCCAAGUCUUGACUGAUGAAGAGAUCCAAGAGGAGGUCGAUACAUUUAUGUUUGAAGGGCAUGACACAACCGCUACCAGUAUCAAUUGGGUCUUGUAUUUCAUGGGUUAUUAUCCAGAGAUUCAGGAAAAGGUCUAUGAAGAACUGACCUCAGUUCUGGGAGACCCAGAUCAGCCACUGACAAUGGCUGACAUCAGAGAGCUCAACUACUUGGACCGAUGCAUCAAAGAAUCCCUUAGACUCUACCCUUCAGUGCCAUUUGUGGGGAGAAGACUGAGCGAAGACAUUGUCGUAGAUAAUUACAGAGUACCAGCUGGGACAGAUAUUCAGAUUCCACCUUACACUCUCCAUCGAGACCCAGAGCAGUUCCCAAACCCCCAGAUCUUCGACCCUGAUCGCUUCUUGCCAGAAAACUGCAAGAAAAGGCAUCCAUAUGCUUACAUACCCUUCAGUGCCGGGCCUAGAAACUGUAUUGGUCAAAAAUUCGCCAUGAUGGAAGAGAAGGUCAUUCUGAGCAAGAUCCUGAGGAAUUUCAGGGUUGAAAGCACCACCAGGAGGGAGGAUCUGGUCGUCUCGGCAGAUCUCAUCGUAAGACCAGAACAUGGAAACUUCGUCAAACUCUACCCUCGAUCUAGGGAAUAGCCUCACUGAGCAUUUAAUCAUAAGAUCGGAGUAUUAUGUUGCACUCGACCUUCAGUCGAAGAAAUGAGCUCGCUGGAAAUUCGCCAUAACACCAGAGAACCAGGGCAGACUACCAGCGAAGAGAACAACGACAGAAAAUCAUGCCAACUAAGCAUAUCGAUUCAGAGAUUAAAUUAACUGGACACUAUUAAACCUUAUGAUCAGUAAA